AUGCCGUACGCUCCUUUGCGCGAUUUGGUCCAGUCGACUUCGCGCCUUGUUCUUGACCAAGGCGGUAUCGUCCGCAAUGUACAAUACUGGGGCAAGCGUACUUUGCCCCAGCGUGCCCGACGACACCAGCAAUACCACACUGCGGGAGAUUACUGGCUUAUGCAAUUUGAUACCAAUGCACCGACUCUGAAAGUGCUGAAUGACCGCCUGCGCCAGGACCCCCGCGUGGUGAAAUGGAAUACACUAAAACUUGGCGAGAAGCUGAACGAGAUUGUGCCGCCGGGCGUCUCCGGCGGUGUCACGCCGAGCCAAGCAACGAUGGGUGGUAAGUCUGUAGACUAUCUCGGCUAG